GCGAUCUUGGUGGGAAACAAGAAAACAGAGUGAGAGACUUAGGCUUCCAAAAUACGAGGAGUUUGCGUCUGAACCGAUGCUUCAAAGGUUCAAACACAACAUAACCCUGGGUCCGGUAGUCAUUUUGAUGUGAAACUACCCUACAUAUGAUGCCAACGUGGUAAAAUUGCCAUUUCUGAAAACCUGACGUUUUCCCAGCCCCCGUGGACCAGAUUGUGGAUCUUUAUUCGCUCUACAUCUGGCAACACUGCACGGCCAUACAGUAGCCUGAGAUCAGUUGAACGUGGGCCGAGUUCAGUGAAGGAAGCGUCCUGGUCCGAUCUCCAUUUUUGUGCGCGUCAGCCUAUCUAUCAUCCAUCGAUCAAUCACCCCUUAUCGAAUCUCGAAUUACCAGUUAGUCCAUCAGACUCAUUGGGCUCCUUAACCCCCGGAGGCUCCGUACAGAUCCUGGCCCCCUUUGGCCCGUGAUGUCGGCCCGCGGUCGGUCCCGAUAUUCGCGAUCUCGCUCGCGCUCCGCCGCGUUACUCCCGACGCUAUUCCCGGUCCCGUUCGCGGUCCUACAGUCCGCGGGCGGGCGGUAGCGGCGGGGGCGGCGGAAAUAUGGCGGUGGCGGUGGGCGUGGGGGCUCGUCGGCCCGUCGUCGCUCGCACAGCCGCUCGCCCAUGUCGGACCGUCGGCGGCACGUGGGCACGCGAGAGGCGCCGCAACCCACGUGUUGUUUGGGCGUGUUCGGCUUGAGUUUGUACACGACCGAGCGCGAGUUGAAAAAGGAGUUUUCCCGCUUUGGUCCCCUGGAACGGGUCCAGGUGGUUUUGGAUGGCAAGACGGGUCGUUCGCGCGGCUUUGCCUUUGUGUAUUUCGAGUCCCAAGAGGAUGCCAAGGCGGCCAAGGAAGCCUUGUGCGAUCAGGAAAUCGAUGGACGACGGAUCCGGGUGGAUUUCUCCAUCACCAAACGGCCACACACGCCCACACCGGGGGUGUACAUGGGUCGGCCCACCUAUUCCGACAGCCGAGGGGGUCGUGGGUCGCGAGGCGGGGGCGAUCGCGGAGAUUACGGAGGGCGUGGUGGGGGAGGUGGGGAUCGUGGUGGUGACCGAGGACACCGCCGAUCUCCCUCGCCUUACUACCGCGGCGGUGGUGGUGGCGGUGGUAGUCGUCGACGAGAUUAUCGGUCGCGUUCACGCUCUUACUCACCUCGUGAUGUUGAAGAGUGCUUCAUGUUGUCCCGAGGCGUGAGCUGAUUGAUGCUGACUGUGGCAGCGGGAAAAUAAACUAGGAUUUCACAGAAAAAA